CCCCGCCGGCGUGCUCGCUGCUGCCCCUCGCGGCCGCUCGCGGGACCUCCGGGUCGCUCCUCCGGGCGCGAGAAGCUCGGAGCCUAGGAACGCAACCCGGCGACCGGCGACCGAAAGACAGGGGACCUGGCGUCCGAAGGGCUGGGCGCGGGCUGGGCUGGGCUGGAAGAAGGGGGAUGACCACGGCUCCUUGUAUGGAGAUCCUAGAGUGAAGUCAGGCCCUCCCACAGGGACCGAGCGCGGUUUUAGGUGCUGGUGGUACAGCCGUGGACGGAGCAGGCGACACCCCCGCUCUCCGGGAGCUUUCUGUCCCUUGCACUGCCCUGUGAUGGCCCGCUGUCUCGGGGCACGACACGGAGGCUGGAGAGGCUGUGGUCGGCCCGAGGCCACACAGCUGGGAAGUGGGUUCACUGAGAUGAACGUCCAGCGACCUACAGCGUCACAGCGCGGUCCUUCCCUCUGUGCCUCGGAGAAGGGGUGAGCGGGACACGGCCGGAGACCAGGGCAGGGCAUGCACUGAGCGCAGUGCAUGGGAAUACUCGAGGAUGCAUAAACGGGUGGACAAGACCCAGAAGCAAAGGGACAAGAGAACACAAGACACAAAAGUCAGGAAACCUGGAGCCACUCCCCAGCGUUGUGUGCUGCGUGGCUGGGCAAACCGGCGGAGCUUGCAGUGCUUCGUCAGUCCAGCGGGGACCCCCAUUUGCUCUUGGCCUCUUUAUGGGAGACUCAGAACAGUCAACCGUUCCUGUUCCCAAGUUUGACAAGGUUCCGUGGCUUAGCGACGCCAGCCGCAGAAAUAAGCCCCUACUGCUCAGCCUCCCCCAAAGAUACCCUCACGCCGCUGCCACUUUUCUGAUUUCAUACAAGAAGGACACGAAUUUGCCCAGAGUGUUUCAAGUUCCCGAUGACUCAUUUCAGGCCCGGAGGAAGCCGACCCACCCGGCGCUGGUCAGGAACAGGCAGCUGUGCGCCUCGUGCUGGGAAAUGAGAACGGCGCAGCCGAGGGCUGCGACGGUCCCAGACGAGCAGACGCUUUCCUUUGAGGCUUUCGUGAGUCGCAGGUAAGAUGAAGCGUCUUCAGCCACGGAAAGCUCAGACCGCACCCAAGAGUUCCCAGGAUGACAUCUCAGCAGGUUUGCUUUCUUUCGGAGUGUGUGUGUGUGUGUGUGUGUG